AUGUUGCAGCCCCGGAUAUGCAGCCUGCAGGCCUCGCGCAUUGGCCGGGCGCUGCUCCAGCCAGCACGCAGCUAUGCCACGGCCGUUGAACACGCACCGUCACCCGCAUUCGAGCCCGCCGUCCACGCCGACAGUGGUGUCCUCCAGACCAGGGAGCCGCGACGAGAUAAAUUCAUCCCCUUGAGAACGUACACGCACGCCCGGCAUCGAGGAGGUGGUCACAAGAGACGUAUCCGUAUCGUGGAUUAUAAGCGGUACCUCCCUGGCAAGCACAUCGUGGACAGGAUCGAAUACGACCCGAAUCGCAGCGCCCACCUUGCCCUCGUUACCCGUGUAGAGACUGGUGAGAAGACAUACAUUGUUGCAGCAGAUGGCAUGCGGGAAGGUGAUGAGGUCGAGAGCUACCGAAGUGGAAUUCCGAAAGACCUGAUAGCAAGCAUGGGUGGUGUAAUCGAUCCCGGUAUGUUGGCAGCGAAGACGGCAGCACGAGGAAACUGCCUACCGAUCGAGAUGGUGCCGCUGGGUUCCCAGGUCUUCAACGUAGGCUCCAAGUCCCAGGGCGGCGGUGUCUUCUGUCGGAGUGCUGGAACAUACGCAAUUGUCGUCACUAAAGAGGAGGUGGAGAAGCCGAAGGGCGUGGAGAUCAAGAGCGUCACCGUUCGCUUGCAGAGUGGUGAAUUGCGGAAGAUCAGCCCGGACGCGUGCUGCACGAUUGGUGUCGCGAGCAACCCUCAGAAUCACUUCAGAUCUUUGGGUAAAGCUGGUCGGUCACGAUGGCUAGGAAAGAGACCAGAGGUCCGUGGUCUGGCUAUGAACGCAGCUGAUCAUCCUCACGGUGGUGGACGUGGUAAAUCGAAGGGUAACGUGCAUCCCGUCAGUCCAUGGGGUACACCGGCGAAAGGUGGUUUCAAGACGAGGCACAAGAGAAACAAGCAUACCUUCCUUGUUCAAGACCGGCCACGCAACCAAGGCAAGCGUAGACCGAGAUAG